AUGUAUGGUGAAACUAAUUCAGAAUUCAGCUUCUCUUCUGGUUGGUUAGAACGUUUCAAGUCAAGAUACGAAAUCAAGUCUUACAAACGUUUUGAGAAAAGUGGUUCAAUUAUCAUGGAGAACAUUAAAAAUGAAUUGCCUAGCAUACAGUCAAAACUAGAUCAGUUUGAAUUGAAGGAUAUUUAUAAUAUGGAUGAAACUGGACUAUUUUAUCGAUUGGAAGCUGAUCAUUCACUUGCUACCAAGCAAUUUGAAGGUCGCAAAAAAGACAAAGAGAGAAUUACCCUUGCUCUCUGUUGCAAUGGUGAUGGAUCUGGCAAAGUACCAUUGUGGAUUAUUGAACUAACAAUUGCAAAUGAUUUUCGGCAUUGCAAGAUCUGGCCGAAAGAAAAUAAUGUUUUCGAACCACAAGUUAGUGAAUUAGAUGAAGCUAUCCAAGAAGUUGGUGAAUUAGAUGAAGGUAUCCAAGAAUUAAAUGAUGUCAUCUCUAAUUUAGCCUACAGAAAUGUGAUGGAUGUUGAACAUCUUUUGAACUACCCUAACGAGAAUAAUACAAUUAUGGAAUCACUUACAGAGGAGGAGAUUAUUCAAUCUGUAAUGAAUAAUGAUGAUGAGAAUGAUCUUGAACAAGAUGAUGACAUCAUUGUCCACAUGUAUCAUCAAAGGAGGCAUUUCAAGCAAUGA